AAAGCAUCAAGUAUUUGAGGAACGGAUUCGAAUGUGUCGUAACAGUGACACGGUAAGAAUUAUAAAGGCACGUAAUGCCAACCUCUGAUAUACAUAAUAAAUAUCGAGAAGUUAAAGAAAACUUUGAAAAUUACUUUAAUACAUUCGUCAGUCUGUUACAUCAUGACCAUCCUAAAAGUCUUCAAUUGGCAGAACAACAUUUCCAAAAUGUAACUUCGUAUAAUUUAUCUAGUGGCAAACGAAUUCGAGGAGUGUUAGUUGUCCUUUCGUAUAUGGUGUUCAGCAAUAAAAAUGAAAACUCUAGGAAAAACUUGUCGUGUGCAUAUCUUAUUGGUUGGUGUGUCGAAUUGUUACACGCAGGAUUCCUUGUUUUGGAUGAUAUAAUUGACAAUUCUACACUUAGACGGGGCCAACCGUGUUGGUAUUGUACUCAGAUAGAUUUAAACCGUGGGUUAAUUGGAGUUAAUGAUGGUUUACAUCUGAUUUUAUCAUCGAAAUACUUGAUCCACUCUUUAUUUGCUGAAAAUCAAAGUAAUGUUGAUUCAUAUUCAUGGAAGGACAAAAAUAACGUAUAUCUCAAAUUAUGCAAAUUGUUUGAUGAAAUUAGUUACAAAACGUGUUCUGGCCAAUGCUUGGAUGUACUAUCAGCAAAUCCUAAUAAUCAAUGUAUUUUGAACGGAAAACAGAAUAAUUUGGAGUUUGAUAGUUUUGCUCGAAACUACUCACCAGAUGUCUUUGAAGCUAUAACACACUGGAAGACGGGUUUUUAUACUUUUUAUCUACCUGUAGCGUGUGGAAUGAUUUUGGCUGAAGUUGAUGAUACAGAUGAUAUUUUCAAAAAUGUUCAAUACAUCCUCCUUAAAUUGGGUAACUACUUUCAAGCCCAGGAUGACUAUUUAGAUUGUUUUGGUGACAGUGAAAUUACUGGAAAAGUUGGGACUGAUAUAGCAGAAGGCAAAUGUACAUGGCUAAUUGUUGAAGCGUUAAAAUACCUUUCACCUGAACAAUAUAAAAUACUUAAAACAAAUUAUGGUAAACCCGAUCUUAAGUCGCAACAGACUGUUCGCAAUCUCUAUGGUGCGAUCAAAUUACCAGAGAAGUAUUAUUUGUACGAAGAACAAACUAAAUCAGAGAUUAUGAAUAACAUUCAGAAGUUUAUGUACCUUGAUCACUUUUCUUUUGAUCCUAGGGAUUUGUUUACUUUUCUUGUAGAAUUACUUUUUCAACGUGUUUGUUAAAGUGCCAUGAAAAUAUUUCAUAUUUUAUUUCCCAUACUGUUUCGUCAAUUUUCUUUACUUACGUCUUUUCUAUCUCAGUUCUCUUCUUCCAUUUCUUCUUAGUUCUACAAUUCAGUCUUUACUUUUAUCGUUAUGACAAUUUUAUUUAAAGAAUUCCCCUUCUUACAUAAUUAUGGUGCAUUUAAGUCUUCGUCAACAUAAUUUUGUCUAAAAUAUUUGUUUGUUUUCUUAAAAUACUGACUUUAACAGCUUAGUAUUAUAUAUAUUUAUAUUUCCAAAUUUAUUUAUGUAUUUGAACACGUAAAUAUUGCUACAAAAGGAUACCGAAUACAUAUGCGCCACACAAUUCACUUGAUUUGUAUGUGGGUUGUGAUACUGCCUAGGUACCCAGGUGGCAUUUUAGGGUGCCACAUCCGGAGCCUUCGACCUAAAGGUUUGAUCCACAAGGCAGUGGAGCAACGUUAGGAGAUGCCAUCCCAUGGUAGCCAGUGACCAACAAUAGGUUCAUAUGCCAUUUGUUCCUUCAGGAUCCUGGAGCCCAUGUGCACUAUUGGUUUGGGAUCAAGGUUUUUCAACUCCCCUAAGUGGAUCAUCCGUAAUCAUCAACAUGGUUAAAGUGCCGGACAUUCGCUUUUCGUCCUCUCAAUUUCGUAGGACUUCCCUGGCAGAGACUAUGCACAUAUCCAUGUGUGAGUAUUUCGAGAGGUAGAGCGGACUCUCCCCACCCUCGGCCGUACCAUGGCAUUUGGGAGCUCCGAAUGAAUUAAAACAGCAUAUUGCUUUUCAUAAAGGAAAAUCUGAUUACGCACUAAUCAUUUAUUAUGGACAACACUAUCCCACCAACGAAUCAAACUAAUACAGAGUGCCCAGCAGUAGGGUAUAUCGGCAUUGAUUUCGAAAGGACCCAGACUUCCGACAACUAUAGAUGAAGUCACAGAUGCUACCAAUUUAUUGCAGAGGAGGGGUUGUACUCAUUACGCAGUGCGUUAAAGCAAGCUUAACAUUGAAAAGCCGGAAAUCUGCUACCAGUGUGUAGUGUAUGUUUGCUGUUUUGGCCAUAAAAGGAAGCCGAAGGGUCAUGAUCAGGGAGUAAAAAGAUCAUAUUUCACCACUCGCAAAUUUGUGUUUUUUUACGGUAUGAUGUCAACUGAUACCUAAUAUGUUCACCCUUACGAUGAAAAGUACCUGCAAAUUUUCACCUUCAUAUUCGAAUUAUUUUUGGACAACUGUCUUACAGUCUGAGUGCUUCGUACGCCCCGAGAAACUAUUUCUACAACAUUCGUAGUCCCAGUACAACUUUCUCACGCAUUAAUCGAUGAAGACAUGUACCACGUGCAUCUGCUGUAUACUGCCACUUUACUCCAAGUCUGUUAUAUCUUACUUUUGAAUAAUAAAAUUGCUUUAUGAUGCAAAUACA